CUGAGUGUGACGGUUGACAAAUUUUAGCCACUCAUCUCACCUAUCCCAAGCAAUUGAUAGGCCACAGAUUCUCAGCCUCAAACUCCUUUCAAUCUGUUCUUAGAGUGUUGGGGCUUUCAUGGCGUCCAAAUGCAUCACCUUCCAUCCCCACCUUUCUCUUCACUCUCCAAUACCCCAAAAUCCGAGAUUCUCACGGCUUGCUCCCACUUCUCUGUUCUCAGCUGUCAAAACUGCCAAAAUCAAGACCACCCACAAUCAAAUAUAUCCGUCCUUUCCCAAAAGAUGUGCUACUUUAACACCCAUGGCAUCUUCAGGUAAAUUCAGUGGUGGAACAAAGUUUGAUGAGUUUGAACCCGAUCCAACUCUCACCAAUGACGAUCUCUUGCCAACAGCCCCUAGUCAAAGGAACUUCCAAUGGUGGGAAAUGGCCAGUCUUUGGAUUGGUCUUGUCGUUGGUGUCCCAUCCUAUUACAUGGCUGGUAGUCUUGUUGAUCUUGGGAUGGCUUGGUGGCAAGGGAUUGCCACUGUUGUUACUGCCAACAUGAUCUUGUUAGUCCCAUUAGUCCUCACGGGUCACCCUGGCACCAAAUAUGGAAUCUCUUUCCCUGUCUUGGCGAGAUCGUCUUUCGGUAUCCGUGGUGCCCAUGUUCCUACUUUGCUUAGAGCUUUGGUCGGUUGUGGCUGGUAUGGGAUUGAGAGUUGGAUUGGAGGUGAGGCAAUUUUCCUUCUCCUCCCAGAUUCCAUUAAGCAAUCUUCAUUUUCCCAAUUCUUACCAUGGCUUGGCACUUCCCCUCUUGAAUUUGCUUGUUUUAUUGUCUUUUGGUUGGCUCAGUUGGCCAUAGUUUGGAGGGGAAUGGAAGGAAUUAGACACCUUGAAAAAUAUUCAGCACCAAUUCUAAUCAUACUGACAUCAAUGCUUCUCAUUUGGGCUUAUGUCAAGGCUGCUGGUUUAGGCCACAUGUUAUCCUUGUCUUCUAGGCUAUCUUCCUCUGAGUUUUGGUCUCUAUUUUUCCCUUCACUCACUGCAAAUAUAAGCUUCUGGGCCACUGUAGCACUUAACAUACCUGAUUUUACUCGGUUCGCUAAGACUCAGAGGGAUCAAAUCAUUGGUCAGGCCGGCCUUCCAUUCUUCAUGGGGGCAUUCACAUUUGUUGGCCUAGCCGUUACAUCUUCAACUCAAGUGAUUUUUGGCCAAGUAAUCUCUAAUCCAAUUCAACUUCUUGGCCAAAUUGGAGGGUUCACAACAACGAUAUUAGCCAUUCUUGGAAUAAGCCUAGCCACCAUCACAACCAACAUUGCAGCCAAUGUUGUUGCACCAGCAAAUGCAUUGGUCAAUCUAAGCCCUUCCAUGUUCACAUUCAGAAGAGGGGCUCUGCUGACUGCAUUGCUUGGCAUUGCUUUUCAGCCAUGGAGACUGCUAAAGUCGAGUGAGAGCUUCGUAUAUACAUGGCUAGUAGGCUACUCCGCGUUGUUGGGACCGAUCGGCGGCAUCAUCUUGGCAGAUUAUUACCUUAUUCAGCGAACAAAUUUAAGCAUCCAAGACUUGUAUUCUAUAAGUCCCGGUGGGGCAUAUUACUAUUCGGGAGGCAUCAAUUCGGCAGCAAUGGUAGCUCUAGUAAUCGGAAUAUUGCCGGUAAUCCCGGGGUUGUUGCUAAAGGUGGGGAUUCUAUCGUCGGUUUCGGAUGCUUUUAUUGUGAUUUACAGCAAUGCUUGGUUUUUCAGCUUCUUCUCUGCAGGCCUAGUCUAUUGGAUUUUGGCAAGUUUGAUAAGAAAACAGAACAAACACUUACCGUUUGAUCCCCUUCUGCCAACAACUUCCUAAGUCUUCAGUUUCCUCUUGAUUUCUUUGUAUAUUUUCACUUUGCAAAAACGUAUUAAGAGUGCACAUAAUUUGUGGUGAAUCUAAACAUUCAACCAUUUAAUAUACACUCUCUACAUACUACAAAUACUCCACUAUUUAUGCAGUUGUAAAGUGUACUCAAACUGUAAUAUGUUGUGUCAAGCUAUUUCAUUGAAUAAAAUUUGCAUUACUGUCAUUA